AUGCCGAAGUUCACGUCGAACUCUGGCGCGGCAAUUCAUCUGAGGUCUUAUCAGGUUGAUGGAGUGAGGUGGCUGUCACAGUGUAUGAAGAACCAGCAGGGCUGCAUCCUUGGUGAUGAGAUGGGUCUGGGCAAGACCUGCCAGACCAUUUCUUUGCUGGCAUGUGCUCGAGGAUACCUUAAGAUGAACGGACCGUUCCUUGUGCCUUGUCCCUUAUCUGUUUUGGAGAACUGGAGACAAGAGGUAGAACGCUUCUGUCCCAGUCUGUCUGUGGUCUGUUACACUGGAGAUAAAGAAAGAAGGGCAAAGCUCCAGAAAGAGCUCAAGAAUGACCGACACUUUCAUGUUCUUCUCGCCACCUAUGAGAUGUGCCUCAAGGAUGCCAGCUACCUGAAAAGUUGGAAAUGGAAGAUUUUAGUUGUCGAUGAGGCUCACCGGCUGAAGAACCAGGAAUCAUUGCUGCACCAAACCCUCAGAGAGUUUACAGUGGGUUUUCGAGUGCUGUUGACAGGCACCCCCAUUCAGAAUAACUUGCAAGAAGUUUUUUCUCUCCUCACCUUCAUCCAGCCCAGUCUGUUUCUGCCUGAAGCCGUUGAGGACUUUGUUAGUGCCUACGCAGACGUACAGACUGAACCUGCUCUUGCCGAUGAGCUUCAUCGAGUGCUCCAGCCCUUUUUGUUGCGCAGGGUUAAAGCAGAGGUGGCCGCCGAACUGCCCAAGAAGACAGAACUCGUGGUUUUUCAUGGGUUGUCUGCCCUUCAGAAGAGAUACUAUAAAGCCAUUCUGAUGAGAGACCUUGAUGCCUUUAGGACUGAUCAAAACUCUAAGACCCAACUUCUGAACAUUUUAAUGCAGCUCAGGAAAUGUGUGGACCAUCCGUAUUUGUUUGAUGGUGUGGAACCAGAACCGUUUGAGAUGGGGGAGCAUUUAGUGGAGGCCAGUGGAAAGCUCUCUCUGCUGGACACCAUGCUGGCGUAUCUUCACGAGGGGUGCCAUCAUGUUCUUCUGUUUUCUCAAAUGACCAGGAUGCUGGAUAUUCUGCAAGAUUACUUGGAGUACAGAGGUUACAGUUAUGAGCAUCUGGAUGUUUCAGUCCGAGGACAGGAACGUAACCUAGCUAUCAAAAACUUCAGCACCAAAGAUAUUUUUAUAUUCCUCCUCAGAACCAAAGCUGGAGGGGUUGGUAUGAACCUAACAGCAGCAGAUACUGUGAUAUUUGUGAACAGUGAUUUCAACCCACAGAAUGACCUACAAGCUGCAGCCAGAGCCCACAGGAUUGGCCAAACAAGGCCUGUUAAAGUUAUCCGGUUCCUCGGUAGAGAUACUGUUGAAGAGAUCAUCUAUUCCCGUGCUGUGUCUAAACUAUGUCUCACAGACACAGUGAUUGAGGAGGGACGUUUUUCUCUGCUGGACCAGGCUCAAUCUGCAGCUUCUGGUCUUCAGUUGAGUGAGAUCCUGAAGUUUGGUGUGGAUAAGCUGCUGUCAUCAGAGGAGAGCUCCAUUCAAGACGUGGACCUCAGGCUGAUCCUGGGGCAGUCUCGAGAUGGCCGAUGGCUAACAGAUGAAGAGCAUGUGAAGCUUAAUGAGAGCGAUGAAGAGGAAGAUGAGGACAUGCAGGGUCAAAACCACAUGUACUACUUCGAGGGUAAGGACUACUCUAAAGACCCCAGUGCUGAGGAUGAGAAGGCCUUUGAACUGUUACUUGAGAAGCAGUUAGCUGAACUAGAGGAUGCUGGGAAGGAGGGCCGCGCACUUCGUAAUAAAGCUGGGGUGUCCCUGUCUGGGCCCUUGAUCGACCCAGGGAGGAAGAAGAGACCUCUUACAGAAUCAGAGUUGGAACAAAGACGUCAAAAGAGACAAGAAGCUGCUGCAAAGAGGGCAAAGCUACAGGAGGAAAGAAAAAAGCAACAGGAAGAACUAAAUUACAAGAAGAAGAUGGUAAGAUGGGAAUCAUGUGGCUACAAAUCGCUGUGCUUGCCACGAGUUGACAGUGAGGGUGAGGAUAUGGAGCCUGAUGAAGAUGAUGAUGUCAGCUGGAGCUCCACAGAUUCGGAUCACACAGCCAUUCGCUAUGUGCUGGGUGAUGUAACUCACCCUCAGGCUGAUCGAGGGGAUGCCACCAUUGUGCACUGUGUUGAUGACUCUGGAUACUGGGGCCGAGGAGGAUUGUUUACCGCACUGGAGCUCAGAUCAGAUGAGCCGAAGAAGCAGUACGAGUUGGCUGGCGUCAUGGAAGACUUAGAACUGGGGAAUGUUCUGCUUUUUCCUAUUGAUGACAAACAGUCCAGGCUCAGUGGAAGAGACUAUCUGGCACUGAUAGUUGCUCAGCAGAGGGAUAAAGCCAACAAUUUGUCAGGCAUUCGGCUCACUACCUUGGAUGAGGGCCUCAAGAAGAUCUACAGAGAUGCCAAACAAAAGAAGGCAAGUGUCCAUCUGCCUCGGAUUGGUCACUCCACUAAAGGCUUCAACUGGUAUGGUACAGAGAGACUAAUUCGCAAGCACCUGGCUACCAAAGGCAUCUCCACAUUUAUCUACUAUUAUAAAGGAGCCACUUCACACUCUUCUACAGUUUCUUCCCCCACAUGCACAACUACUCCAUCAACCUCACACUCAGCCUCAGACCCAGCAGCAUUCUCGCCAUCUGGGUCCCUACACUCCUCCAGUCCCCUUGGUAACAGUGAAGACCUUACAAAGUCCAAACUCUCCACUAUAUCACAUCAAGGUCAAGGCGCACCAGGACUGGCUGAUUUCAUGAGAGGUGUUCAUGUAUAUUUCUACAACAUAGCUGCUACAUAGAAGAAGCAGCUCACCCGCUACCUUAUCGCAUAUCCUUUCACAUUUUUUACUGUCAAAUAA